CCCACGACAUCUGAAGAGCGCCACCACCAUCGCCGCGUCACAUACCCCAUGUACAAUUCGGCGCGUCACAAGCCGCGGCGGUGGCCGCUGGUGCUGCGCUUCUGCAAAGGCGCCAUCCACGGAGCUGUCUUCAUUCCCGUCGUGUUGCACUCGCUGUUCACAGCCAUAAUCGUCUAUCUCGACAGCGAGGUGGGCGAGCUAGGCCUCCCCUCAUCGCUCAUCCCCAGCCUGUCCAUCGUCGUGGGCCUGAUGCUCGUCUUCCGUAACCAAACGUCCUACGACCGCUUCUGGACGGGACGCAACCUGCUAACCGAGUGCUGCACCUGCGUGCGCAACCUGACGCGCUCGUUCCUGGUCAGCAGCUCGCGCGCCGCCAUCGACAACUUCGAUGGCCACAUGGAGUUUGGGCAGGCGUCGCCGGCCGAGCGCGCCGACACCGAGAAGACGGUCCGCGUCCUGACCGCGCUGCUGUACGCCCUCAAGCACAACCUGCGCGCCGAGUACAGCCUCGGCGAAGGCGUGCCCGCCACUUCCCACCCCGAGCUCGCGCCUCUCUUGCCCACGGAUCUGUAUGCCCACGAGGAUCGCGGCCUCGGCAUGCCCCUGCAGCUGGCCGUGCUCGUCGAGGCGUAUAUCCGUCGCGGCGUCGCGCGCGGCUGGUUCCAUGGCCCCCAGGCCUCGCAGCUUACCGUGCAGUUGAAUGCGCUGACGGGCGCCUAUGGUCGCAUGGAGGCCAUCCGCGUCACGCCGAUCCCGGUCGCCCAUCUCAUCCAUAUGAAGCAGGUGCUGGCGCUGUACGGCGCCGUGUUGCCGUUCAGCUUGGUGGACGAGUUUGGCUGGUGGAGCAUUCCGAUUGUGGCGUUGAUUACUUUUACGCUGUAUGGCAUUGACGGCAUUGGGAAUCAGCUGGAGGAUCCGUUUGGCUAUGACAAGAACGAUAUCAAGAUGGAUGGCAUUGUCGAGGACGCGAGGGUCGAGUGCCAAGUUUUGUUGGAUGAGUGGAAG